CCCAACAUCUGGUGCCCGAGUUCACCGAACGAAUUCUGCUGCAGCCAUGGCGGCCUCCACCGUGGCAGGGAAGCAGAGAAUUCCCAAAGUGGCCAAGGUGAAAAACAAAGCCCCACCUGAGGUACAGAUCACUGCGGAACAGCUUUUAAGAGAAGCUAAAGAAAGAGAACUUGAGCUUCUUCCACCUUCACCUCAACAGAAGAUCACAGAUGAAGAGUUAAAUUAUUACAAACUAAGGAAAAGGAAGACUUUUGAAGAUAACAUAAGAAAAAACAGGACUAUGAUUAGUAACUGGAUAAAAUACGCACAAUGGGAAGAGAGUCUAAAGGAGAUUCAAAGGGCUCGAUCCAUAUAUGAACGUGCUUUAGAUGUGGACUAUCGAAAUAUUACACUCUGGCUGAAAUAUGCGGAAAUGGAAAUGAAGAAUCGCCACGUCAACCAUGCCCGAAAUGUCUGGGACCGGGUCAUAACAGCUCUGCCCCGAGUCAACCAGUUCUGGUACAAAUACACAUACAUGGAGGAGAUGCUGGGCAACGUGGCUGGUGCCCGGCAGGUGUUUGAGCGCUGGAUGGAAUGGCAGCCAGAGGAGCAAGCCUGGCACUCCUACAUCAACUUUGAGCUGCGAUACAAAGAAGUGGAUCGGGCCCGCACCAUUUAUGAGAGACUUGUACUUGUGCACCCUGAUGUUAAGAACUGGGUCAAGUAUGCCCGCUUUGAAGAAAAACAUGGUUAUUUUGCCCAUGCACGGAAAGUGUAUGAGAGGGCUGUGGAAUUCUUUGGAGAUGAACAUAUGGGUGAACGCCUUGAUGUUGCCUUUGCCAAAUUUGAAGAAAAUCAGAAAGAAUCUGAAAGGGUGCGAGUGAUUUACAAGUAUGCCCUGGAUAGAAUUUCAAAACAAGAGGCCCAAGAGCUCUUUAAAAAUUAUACCAUCUUUGAGAAGAAGUUUGGUGAUAGGCGGGGUAUUGAAGACAUCAUUGUGAGCAAACGGAGAUUCCAAUAUGAAGAAGAAGUGAAGGCUAAUCCACACAAUUAUGAUGCCUGGUUUGAUUACCUGCGCUUGGUGGGAAGUGAUGCAGAAGCAGAAACUGUACGAGAAGUCUAUGAAAGAGCUAUUACCAAUGUCCCACCCAUUCAGGAGAAGAGACAUUGGAAGUGUUACAUCUAUCUUUGGGUCAACUAUGCCCUCUAUGAAGAACUGGAGGCAAAGGAUCCUGAAGGGACAAGACAGGUGUAUCAAGCCUCUUUGGAACGAAUUCCUCAUAAAAAGUUCACAUUUGCCAAAAUGUGGCUACUAUAUGCACAAUUUGAAAUGAGACAGAAAAAUUAUUUACCAUUUGCCCGUAGAGCUUUGGGGACUUCCAUAGGCAAAUGUCCAAAGAACAAGUUAUUUAAAGGUUACAUAGAAUUGGAGCUACAGCUUCGAGAAUUUGACAGAUGCCGGAAGCUGUAUGAAAAGUUCCUGGAAUUUGGACCUGAAAAUUGUACCUCUUGGAUUAAAUUUGCAGAAUUAGAAACAAUCCUUGGCGAUAUUGAGAGAGUCCGUGCAAUCUACGAGUUAGCCAUCAGCCAGCCACGCUUAGACAUGCCAGAGGCGCUGCGGAAAUCAUUCAUUGAUUUUGAAAUUGAGCAGGAAGAAACUGAAAGAACGCGCAAUCUUUACCGACGAUUGCUUCAACGGACACAACAUGCCAAGGUAUGGAUCAGUUUUGCACAGUUGGAGUUGUCUUCAGGGAAAGGAGGAAGUUUGCCGAAAUGCAGACAGAUUUAUGAAGAGGCUAACAAAACCAUGCGAAACUGUGAGGAAAAGGAAGAGAGACUUAUGUUGCUGGAAUCUUGGAGAAACUUUGAAGAUGAUUUUGGAACUACGGCGGAUAAAGUAGACAAACUCAUGCCAAAGAAAGUCAAAAAGAGAAGAAAGGUCCAGGCGGAUGAUGGGUCUGAUGCAGGCUGGGCAGAAUACUAUGAUCACAUCUUUCCGGAAGAUGCUGCCAACCAACCACAUCUCAAGCUCCUGGCCAUGACCACACUUUGGAAGAAACAGCAACAGGAAAAGGAGGCUGCCAAGCAAGACCCGGAUAAGGACAUUGAUGAGAGUGAAUCCUGAUCCUGUUCAUACUGAUGUUUUAUUAUUUUUAUAAAU